AUGUGGCUGGGCGCCCGCCUGGACGCGCUGCCCACCCCGGCGCUGGCCGUCGACCGUGCCACGGCGCGCCGCAACGCCGAGCGCAUGCAGGAGCGCUGCCGGGCCCUCGGCCUCCGCCUGCGUCCCCACGUCAAGACCCACAAGACGCUGGAGGGCGGCGCGCUGGCCACGGGCGGCACGCGGCGCGGCAUCGCCGUCUCCACGCUGGCCGAGGCGCGCUUCUUCGCCGACGGCGGCUUCGACGACAUCCUGCUGGCGUACCCGCUGCCGGCCGGGCGCUUGGAGGAGUGCGCCGAGCUGGCCCAGCGCCUCGACGCCUUCCAGGUGCUGCUGGACAGCCCCGGCGCGCUGCAGCGCCUGCGGCGGCGCCCGCUCGCCGGCGGCAAGCGCUGGCUCGUCUGGCUCAAGCUCGACUGCGGCAACGGCAGAGCCGGCGUGCGCCCCACGGACCCCGGCGCCCUGCCGCUGGCCCGGGCCAUCGCGGAGGAGGCUCCGGAGGAGGUGACGCUGGUCGGGGUCUACGCGCACUGCGGGAACACCUACGGCUGCAGCGGCGUGCCCGCCAUCCAGGCCAUCGCCAGGGCCACCACCGCCGCCAUCCUCGACUUUGUGGCCGCGCUGCGCCAGGCCGGCGUGCCGUGUCCCCAGGCCAGCAUCGGCUCCACGCCGUCCUGCAGCCACCCGGUCCCCGAGAUGGCCGAGCUCACCGAGGUCCACCCGGGCAACUACAUCUUCUACGACCUCCAGCAGACGCUGCUGGGCUCCUGCCGGCCCCAGGACGUGGCCAUCCGCGUCCUCACCAGGGUGGUCGGCCACUACCCGCACCGCAACCAGCUGCUGGUGGACUGCGGCUGGACGGCGCUCAGCCUGCACGGCUGGGCGCAGUCACCCGCCGGCUGCGCCACCGUCGAGGGACAUCCCCAGCUCCGGCUGGUGGGGCUGACGCAGGAGCACGGGCUCCUGGAGCCCGCCAGCGGGCAGCUGGAUUUCGGGAGGUUCCCGGUGGGCACCGUGCUGGCCCUCGUCCCCUUCCACGCCUGCGCCACGGCUGCCAUGCACCCGGUCUACUACGUGCACGAGGAGGGCGAGGUGGUGGCCCUCUGGCACCCCGUCCGCGGCUGGUAGAGAUCGUCCUGCUGCC